CGCUUGAGCCAAACAGUGGAGAUUGGAGUAUGACAAACACCUGCACGUGAUCAACAAACAAAACAAGUCAUAAGAGAACGCGUCAGUCCAUUGUGACGUUCCAUCUGCACUGUUUUUAAAAGCGUGCCCGACAGAGACGCUAAAAUGUGGAGCAUGCAUUGAACUGAGAAGACGUAUUUGAGUUUUAUUCCUUUGCGAUUUGACCUGGACGCGUUUCAACGAAUGAUAAUGAAUGAUAUAAAAGUAGCAGUUCUGGGAUCCGAGGGUGUCGGGAAAUCUGCACUUAUUGUUCGAUUUCUAACCAAGCGAUUUAUUGGAGAGUAUGCAUCAUCAUCAGAGUGCAUUUACAGAAAACGGAUGUCUGUUGAUGGAAGGCAGCUUAAUCUUGAACUUUAUGAUCCCUGUUCUCAGCCAUGUGAGGGGAACUCAACUCUUAAUGAGCAGAUCCACUGGGCCGAUGGCUUUGUGGUCGUUUACGAUGUGAGCAAUCGUUCCUCCUUCCUUAUGGCCACAGCUAUCGUGCACCUGAUCCGAGAGCUUCAUCUGGGAGCGUCUAAAAGGGACACAGACACUGUCAUUUUCCUUGUGGGCAAUAAGCAAGACUUGUGCCACAUGAGGGAGGUGAAUAGGGAGGAAGGCCAGAGGCUGGCAUCUGAGUGCCGAUGCCAGUUUUACGAGUUGUCUGCGGCAGAGCACUACCAGGAGGUGGUACUCAUGUUUUCGAAGAUUGUCAGCAAUGCCAGUCUGGGAGGCAAGGCCAAGGAGCGUCGCCGGCGCCCCAGUGGCUCCAAGUCAAUGGCCAAGCUCAUCAACAAUGUCUUUGGAAAACGGCGGAAAUCCGUUUGAGAAUAAACCUUGAAAUGGACAAUGGUAACGGGAUGAAUAUGAGAUUGCAGGUGGCAGCACUUCAAACAUGGUUAUAUGGGUGAAUCUCAUGAAAUCUGUCAAGAACAUGUCCAAGUCAUAUUACACCCCAAAAUCGAAAGAAAUUAGAAAAUGUAUGUUGCUCAAAGAAAAUGAAGCCUAUAUUUGGGACCAUUCGUAAGAUGUUUUGCAUUGUGACAUUAUUUUCAAUUAAGCACCCAAACAAUUAUUAAUACUGUAAUGCUAAAUAAAAUCUCAUUCACAUUAAUGUAAUGCAAAUUGUAUUUAAAUUGUAAAAUAUUUAUACAUCAUGGUAGAAUUUCUUGUAUUGCCUUUCAUUUAAACUUGUUUAAAAGUAAAAGUCGUGGGAUAACUUUUUUUUUUUUUUAAACUGUAGUAUGCUAAAAAAAAAAAUACUGUAUUACAAUGGGAAUCUAAUGGAAUCACCAUUCAGAAUAAUAGCAUAAAAAAACAAUGUCAGGACACAUUACGGUAGUAAGAAUUUGGGGCAAAAAUUUGCUUAAUUGUCUUAAUGUCAUAUUGCGAGAGAAAAAUAAAUCAAUCUAAAUGGUCCUAAAAUAGGCUUUAUUUUCUUUUUGCAAAAUAUUAUUUCUUUUGAUAUGGGGUGAAAUGGACAUGUUUUCGUGAGAUUCACCCUUAUGGUUCCACACUGCUUGCUUGUCUUGCUAAUGCCUUGUUUUGAACAUCGAGUCUUUAUCGUUCUUUGUACUGGAGGACUGUGUGCAAUUAUGCUUACUGUUUCUGUACAGUACAUCUCUGCUUUUUGUCUUACAAAUUUCCUUGAUCACUUCUUGGAUGUUUCAAAAACAGCAAACCUUAAAGCUGAGGACACCACUUCAGCUUGAGGAAUGAUGAGAAUGCUUAAACCAAAGUCAACUCUGAACUUUUGAAAUAUGGACUAGCUUGCUAUGUAAUCAUAGAUAAACUCUUUCAUGUUGUUCACUUACAAUUUUUGUGCAAUGUAAGAAGCUGUUCGCUCACUGUUUCAUGUCAUUUAAAUCACUUUCUACUCAUAUGGUGCAAACAAUGAUUGACUAAUGGUCUCAGAGUUUUGAAAUUUAAAAUCUUUUUAUAAGAGAACUUCAAAUUCAUGUAAAAGAAACAAAUCUGUGCAUUAAAAUGUGACAGUAUUGAACAAGCAUCUUUUUAUCAUCUAGGAAUUCACAUCGAAGGAGGUUUGCUUCAUCAGAAUUAGUCGGUAACUGACCUAUGUGCAGAACAAAGUGAUCGAUAUGCAGAAUUCAACACUUUAUCUGAAACACUAACCAGAAAUGACAUUAUCUUUAAAGUUGUGCAAUAGUUUUAGGUAACAAGUAAAGUCUGGAGAUAAUGUUGAACAGAUUGGAUUUAGAAAAGACUGUUGUAAUUUGUGCCGUAUACACAGAGUUUUAAUGUUUAUAGCCACAACAUUAAAACCACCUGCCUAAUAUUGUGUAGGGCCCCCUCUUGCUGCCAAAACAGUGCCAACCCGCAUCUCAGAAUAGCAUUCUGAGAUUAUAUUCUUCUCACCACAAAUGUACAGGGUGGUUAUCUGAGUUAACGUAGACUUUGUCAGUUCGAACCAGUCUGGCCAUUCUCUGUUGACCUCUCUCAUCAACAAGGCAUUUCUGUCCACAGAACUGCCGCUCAUUGGAUGUUUUUUUGUUUUUGGCACCAUUCGGAGUAUAUUCUACAGACUGUAGUGUGUAAAAAUCCCAGGAGAUCAACAGUUACAGAAAUACUCAAACCAGCCCAUCUGGCACCAACAAUCAUGCCACGGUCCAAAUCACUGAGAUUACCCAUUCCCCAUUCUGAUGGUUGAUGUGAACAUUAACUGAAUCUCCUGACCCUUAUCUGAUUUUAUGCACUGCUGCAACACGAUUGGCUGAUUAGGUAAUCGCAUUGAUGAUUGUUGGUGCCAGAUGGGCUGGUUUGAGUAUUUCUGUAACUGCUGAUCUCC